AUGGUCUUAAACCCAGCAGACUACCAGGUGGUGUGGAUCACACCUCUGGAAAUUGAACUUCAAGCAGCUCUGGAAAUGUUAGACGAGCAAUCCAACGAAAACUUUCCUGUUAGACGUGGCGACAACUAUGUAUACUUCGCAGGUCGAAUGUGUGGCCACAAUGUCGCCAUCGCUUCGUUACCAGAAGGCACACUCUACGGCAUCAACAGUGCUGCUGCGCUCGUCUCCCAAGUCGAACACUUCUUCACCAAUCUAUGGCUCGUAUUUCUCGUUGGAAUCGCGGCUGGCUUACCCGACCUGUCACAAAAUCCAACUCGCGACAUCCGACUUGGCGAUAUUCUUGUCGCUGCUCCCAGUGGCGGAACGCCAGCAAUCGUUCAUUAUGGGCAAGGAAAAGAGACGGAGGCUGGCCUGCAGCAACUUCGAUCAGGGCAUGUCCUACACCCACCCAAGCAAAUCUUGAUGGCAGCAAUCACGAAAGCGAAGUUCACCAACGUCAAAUCUCCUACCCACUAUCUGAAUCUCUUGAAAAGGUUCGAUGAGGCGGAUUUUCCCGACCCAGGUCACCCGACCCAGGUCAGGGCGAAGAUAAGCUGUAUGGCGCGGAUGGCUGCGAGGUGCCCCGGGAGCCACGUGAGUCGGCUAAACGAACCAGAGUCUGGUACGGGCCCAUCGGAUCAGGGGAUAGGCUUCUGAAAAAU